UCGCGCCGCUCGCUCGGUCAGUGACGGUGUCAGCAUGAUGAGCGCGAGGACCCUGCGGCAGCUCGCGCUCACGCUGAAGCGAAGCCUUCUUCAUCAUCAUCGUCAUCAUCAUCAUCAUCAUCAUCAUCAUCAUCAUCAUCAGUCCGUGGGAAUCAUCGGGGCACCUUUCUCUAAGGGACAGCACCGGGGUGGAGUGGAGGGAGGACCGGACCGGAUCAGGGCUGCAGGACUCGUACAGCGACUCCAGGACCAAGGCUGCACAGUGAAGGAUUAUGGGAACCUGGUGUUUGAGGAGGUGGAGGAGGAGGAGCCUGUGGUGGGCGUGUUGAAAAGUGUCCGUGCCGUGGGCGGCGCCACCCGGAGGCUGUCUGAGGCGGUGCGGACGGCGAAGGAGGCGGGGCACACGGCGGUGACGCUGGGCGGGGACCACAGUCUGGCCAUCGGCUCCAUCCACGGACACUCGGCCGCCGCCGGGGGGGCGGGGCUCGGCGUCGUGUGGGUCGACGCCCACGCCGACAUCAACACCCCACUGACCUCCUACACGGGAAACAUCCACGGCCAGAGCAUGGCCUUCCUCCUGCACGAGCUCCACGCCAAGAUUCCUGUUUUUCCAAACUUCUCGUGGCUGAAACCUUGUGUGUGGGCCAGAGACCUGGUCUACAUCGGCCUGAGGGACGUGGAUCCAGCAGAGCACUUCAUCCUGAAGCUCCUCGGUGUCAAGGUUUUCUCCAUGACGGCUGUGGAUCGACUCGGCGUCUCCAGAGUCAUGGAGGAGACAUGUGACUACCUGGCCACCAGCGUGAAGAAACCGAUCCACCUGAGCUACGACAUCGACGCCCUGGACCCGUCCGUUACCCCGGCAACAGGGACGCCUGUGACAGGAGGACUCACAUACAGGGAGGGGCUGUACAUCACUGAGCACCUCCACCAGACAGGUCUCCUGUCGGCCGUGGACCUGGUGGAGGUGAAUCCUGUCCGGGCUCAGACGGAGGAGGACAUCGUCUCCACCGCCAACACCGCCGUCCACCUGCUGCUCGGCUGCUUCGGACGAGUCCGGGAGGGAAACCACCCCCCGGAUUAUUCCAUGCCUGAACCCUAACGGGAUGAGGGACACCUGAACGUCUCACAGAGGGACACCUGGACGUCUCACAGAGAGACACCUGAACGUCUCACAGAGGGACACCAGCCAGUCUUCCUGACAUCACUCUGCUGUGUUCACUUUUAAAAAGCAAAUUAUUCGUCGAUGUAUUAAUGAAUAUUUAGUUUAUUUAAUUUAUGAAAUGAAGUUGUAUAAAAGUGUUUUCUCUAAACAUCCAAAAUAAAUUUAAAUCUUCUCACGGACUCCAGACGACGUUGGAGUUUAACAGACCUGAGGUUACUAAUCUACGUCUGUGUGUGAACAUUAAAGUCCAGCUGGAGCUCAGGUCAAAGCUCCACAAGUUACUGAACAGAUGCAGAACGUCCACGAAGAGACAAGAAGAAAAAAGGACACAAGAAACUAGAAAGACGACCAGAGAAUUAGUUUCAGUCUGAUGACAACUUAAAGCAGAGAGAGGACGAAGCUGCAGCUGCAUCAGCCGAACACCAAGAAACCUCAGCGCUUCAGUGAAACAGGAACUAAUUAAUUCAUUUAAUCAAAUAAAAUAAAUAUUCAAUAUAAACAUAAAAA